AGAGAAUCAAUAAUCAAUCAGCCAAAUAAACAAAAAUUGUAUUAAAAAACCUUUAGUCAAAUAAAGUAAGCUGAAUAUUUAAAACAUAAUUUAAUUAAAUAAAGAAUUUUAAUACGAAUAUAUACAUUCACACAUAGAAAAAAGAAGAUAGAAAUUAAGUGCAAGCUUAUAUUUAAAUAAAAGUAAAUACAUAGGACAAGACUUAGCUAAAUGAAUUAGUUUUAAAUCUAAAUGAUGAAGCACUUGCGCAGUGGCAAGAAGUAGCAACCUAACAGUUUAUAUGAUACAAAUUACUCCAAUUCAUAAGAGAGGAAAAGAUCAAGCACCUAAACUUCAUACAAUUCUACCAGCACCAAUCCAUUUACUUAAAUAGAAUCAAGUACUCAUUACGAAACUAAAGGUUUAGGUAUUCAUGAAGUAGAUUACAUACCAGAAAUGUCAAGAGAGAGCUCUGCUAUUAAAAAGAGAAGAACAGUAGAAUUAGAUCCAUAAGCUAUCAACUAGCUUAUAACUCCAAGUAGAGUUAAUGUUUUAAAAGUAGAAAACGAUUCUACAAACAUGAGGUCUCUUUCUACUGAUUUUUCCAGUAUCAAAAAGAGCAAUUUUAAAGAUGAAAACAAAUUAGCAGAUAGCAUUUUUCAACUUAGAAAUAGACUAAUCCGAAAUUAACCUGAUGUUGAACAAGAAUCCAAAUAUUUAAACAAAAAUGAAUAAAUAGUUAAUCGAAUCGUUCAUUUGGAAAGCUUUUAUAAUUUCCCUACCUUAUAUGACAAAGAAGAAAUAGAAUCAAGACGUAGAAGUAGAGAAUACUCAUAAACGCUUUAAGAAAGAAACGAAUUAAGACGUAACAGAUCUCUUUCUGCAAACCAAUAGAAAUUUAUCAACUCAAUAAUUGAAAACGGAAAAACUUAAUACAAGAAAGUCAAAAGGGUUUAUAGUUCAUCUCAAUCUAGACUUAGAUUUUAAAGUGACAAAGAAUAGUACUCUAAAGAUGUAUUCUUCAAAGUUUAUGAUGAUUGUAAAAAGAGCUGUAAAGAAUUUGAUUCUCUUAUAAAAUCUUCUAACUCACUAUCAAGAGUAUCUCUUUAGUAGCCUUCAAUCAAUCACCCUACUUUCCCUCCUCAUGUUAAAUAAACAGAUGUCUAGCUAAAAAGAAUAAAUAAAGAAUUUAAAAAUAAUUGCUGCACAAUCAUGAAUCAAAUCCACUAAAACUAAUCUCUUCAGAGAAUUGGUAUUAAUCAAAAAUUCUAUGAGCUAGAAGAAAGCAUGAGAUUUAGUAAUACAGAAAAAAUUGAAUUUACUCCUUUAAUUAAUAGUCUAAAUUCAAAAAAUCUGUUAGAAAGUAACAAUAAAUAAGAAAAUUUAAUUUUAUCUUAGUAACUUAAUCAAAAUGUAAAUGUAAGCUAAUUCUAAGGUUAAAAUUCUAACCAAGUCGAAAAAAGCUUAGACUCAAAUGGCCACAAUAAAUUGAUUUCAUCUGCGAAGCUUUAGAAUUCUUUGAAUUUAAAUUUAAAUUCCCCUGGAUUAAUAAACUCUGAUAAUUUCGAUAUUCUUAAUAAUUAUUCAGUUAAAAGUUAAAAGCCUUCUUAAGGCUAAUAAGGUUGCUAACCUUUGGUAUAUUCUGCUAAGAAGUAUAUGAAUUAAUGUAGUAGUUUGGUGUAAUUAGAAAAAGAUCUUUAAAAAUAUAGAGAAAUCUAAUAAUUAGCUUAGUUUAGUCCCGAUAUUUAGCAAUAAAAACAAUAAUAAUAACAAUAACAACCAUUGUAAGAUAGUAAUUUUAAUUCAACAUAAAAAAUAAAUUAAAGUAAGAAAAUAACUAGGAAAGAAUAUCUUUAAGCAAAAUGUCGCCAUAAUAUAACUACAAUGUAUUGCUCCAUUUGCAACAGAUAAGUGAAAUCUAAGAUUUGA